AUGUUGCAUCUACCAUCGAUGCUCAUCUAUGGAUUUCUCUCUUUCUCCAUGGCAUUCCUUAAUAAAGCACUCUUCGAAAUAUCCGACUUCCGAAAUAGUUUAUUUGUCAUACUUGUACAACUCUUGUUCGUACUGCUAUCCUUUCACGUACUUGGCCAUCUCCGAUUAAUGUCUGUGCCAUCGAUGACAAAAAAUGAUACUUAUAUAUUUCUGGUUCCGUCGAUUUUCUAUAGUUUAAGUACAAUAUUAUCUUUACAAGCCUUAAUGAAACUGAAUGUAGCUAUCUAUGUUGUAAUAAAGCGAUGUACGCCCGCAUUGACAUUUGUUAUGCAAGCACUCGUCCUACGUAAACAGAAAUUGAAUAUCAAAGUGGGCUUUUGCGUGUUUACGAUCACCAUUGGUGCUGUCAUAACAUCAGCUGGAGAUUUAACGUUUCAUCUCGAGUCAUACAUCAUUGGUGGCCUAAGUGUUGUCUUUCAAACACUUUAUCUUUUAACUAUUCAACGCGCUAGUGAACAGAAAACAUCCAGCGAAGUUCUCUAUAUCAACAGUUUACUGUCUUUACCAAUGGUAUUUGUUUUAAUGAUUUUAUUCACAGAUGAAUUAUCCAGUGUUCAAAUGUAUAACAAUUAUCAUACAUCUACAUUUUGGUUAUAUUUCUUAGCAUCAACAUUUGGUGGUGGACUACUCAAUGGUGCAACAUUUUGGUGCACAAUGAGAAAUUCUGCAUUAACAACAAGUGUUGUUGGUGUGCUGAAAAGUAUCCUUCAAGUCUUCUUUGGUUUAUUUGUUUUCGAUCGAUUUUCUAUCAAUACAAAUACCGUGAUCGGCAUUGCCUUAUCGCUAAUUGGCGGUACAAUAUUCAGUUAUUUGGAAUAUACAACAAAGAAAAACAAGUCAGUUACAAUGUCUUUACCUACGUCGCAAAUGAAACUCGUAAAGAAUGUUAAAACGAUGAUUAAUUCAAUUUUAAUUCUCAUUCUACUCGCGAUCAUUCAGUUCAGCUCUACUAACAAACCAUGUUCACGUGAAGGCAGUCGAAUUGUUCGUGAUUAUUUUACACGAGCAUUAGGACCUAUCUAUGAAAAAAAUCAACUGGCAAUUCCACUUGAAUGUGUCCUGUCGCCUAUGCGAGAUCUCUAUUAUCGACAAGAAUUACAUAAAGUGAAAGUUUCCAAUGAUAAAUGGUUGUGUAAAUAUUGUAAUAAAACAUUCUAUUCGGAAUAUUAUCUUGAUAUGCAUUUCGUUAACCGACAUAAUAACACAUUGUUACCAGGCGAACAAUCAAUAUGCUUAUCAAAUUACUGUUCUAUAUUUCGAUGUGACGCUUUGAAACGCCCAAAACGCUCGUUGAAAUCUCUUAAUCCGUUCGCACGUAACAUUCAUGUAACGAAGAAGAGGCCAAAACGAGUCAUCAAUGAACAACAACUCAUUGUGUUGCGUUCUCAGUGUUCUUCUCUGGUAAGUCAAUGUAUUCCACAUGGUAUACCUCGUGACUUACGGAUAAGAUUACAACAUCAAAUGUAUGCUGAAGUCUGUGCUUAUUUAACAACGACAAGGUAUUUUGAAUUACCUACAUAUCGUAAACCUCUAGUCAAUUUCACACUUGUUUUCUGGCUGGUGAUUUUCAUCGGCAUGUGUUUAGUAGGAAUCGGAGUGGUGACACAUUCAGAUUGGAAAUUGGAUGAACACGAUGACUGUCAAGCUGCGAAACAUUUAUCCGAUGAAUCCAAAUCUGAAGUGACUUCUUUGCUAUCAACAACACCCUCAAAUGGAAUUCUUCAUUCAUGUAAAAAUACAGGAGCAUCGGUGCGACAACGUGUCCGAUUUAAAGCACCCGAAGGCGAAUGUCAGCAUUCGCAUUCUCAUUCGCAUUCGCAUUCACAUCAUCACGAACAUCAUCAUGAUCAUAUGUGA